UCACACACCUACCUGGUCGGCCCAGUCUUGUGCCUCAGGAGCACAGCAAUGUUUGAGGAUAUCUGCGUCUCCAAAGGCUUGUGAACGUCUCCAAAACGUCUCCACAACUCCUGCGACCCAUGGAAUAAUAACUAUGGAAUACCACUGGAUCCUGCUGGCUGUGUUUCUGCAGUCAACCCUCCAUCCAGGCAACACCAAGCCCACCAUCGCCCCCGUCGGCCCCCACCUUGUCGUCCCGCUCAACGCAGCCUUCGAGCUGCGUUGCCAGGGUGAGAAGGAGAUGCAGUGGCAGCGGGAGGACCGGCUGAAGGUGCGGGGAGAGAAAAAGGUCUCUGGGAUGUCCACGCUGCAAAUCCCCAGGGCCCAGCCUGUUCACAUGGGCCGCUACAUCUGCCUGGAGGAUAGCACCAAGGAGCAAACCUCCAUCUAUGUCUAUGUGAAAGAUCCCGACAAUCCCUUUAGAAAAUCAAUGGUGUUCAACAUUCUCACUCGAGUGGGAGAAGCUGCUUCCAUCCCUUGCCUGGCAACUGAUCCAAGUCUGGACAACCUGCGCCUGGAAACAUGUUCCAGCAGAGCUCCGGCCUCUGGUCUCCAGUUUUAUGCCACCCUGGAGCAAGGCAUCAUCAUCCACAACACACAGAAGGCCUUCGAAGGAUGCUAUGUGUGCACAGGAAGACUUGGGCGAGAGAGCGUCAGAUCACAUGACUACUACCUGACAGUUAAACCAGUCCCCGCUGUUCCUCCUGUGAUUGAGAUCCAGGCAACCAAAAGAGUGAUUCUCACGCUGGGUGAGAGUCUCUCCAUCACCUGCAACACCACCAACGUCAACGGAGAAAUCAAGAUAAAGUGGGUCCCCCCUCACGGCUCGCAACCAGCAAAGGUUGAUGGCACUUCGCGUAUCCUGACGGAGGACUUCACUCACGUGCGCGGCGUCACGUUGAACAUCACGGCGGUCAAACCUCAGGACGUCGGGAAGUACCAAUGUGAUGCCGAGAAUGAGAAAGGGGUCAGCUCGCAGUCGGUGUGGCUCGAUGUUUACGAGAAAGGAUUCAUCAACUUAAAACCCACAAUCAACGAAACCAUCCACGUCCGCUCGGGGGAGAGUUUGACCUUAAACGUUGACAUGGAGGCUUACCCAAAGCUGCGAUCUUUCUCCUGGAGCUUCAUGGGCCACCAGUUGAGGAACACAACGGACCACGUCAUCACCACACACAGCCACGAGUACAGGUACAGCAGCGAGCUGAGGCUGGUGCGACUGAAAAUGUCAGAGGGUGGAGUUUACACCUUUAAAGCCUCCAACGGCGACGCUUCAAUAAACCACACGUUCGCCAUCUUUGUGAUCAGUAAACCGGAGAUCGUGUCUCACGAGGGUCCGGUGGACGGACAGGUACGCUGUGUGGCCGAGGGGUUCCCCGCCCCGCAGAUCACCUGGUACUACUGCGAGCAGCCCUACGCCAGGUGCUCCCAACAGGUGAACGCCACCCAGGAGAAGCACAACAUCAUCACCGUCACGCUGGUCAGCCCCAUGUUCGGCAAGACGGAGGUGGAGAGUCGGGUGAACGUGAGCCGCGGUCGGUUCAGCACUCUGGAGUGUGUGGCGACGGUGGAGGGAGAGCAGGCCUACACGCUGUUCUCCAUCAGCGAGAGAACCGUUCCACACGAUCUGUUCUCCCCUCUGCUGAUUGGCUCUGUGUCAGCAGCAGGCGUCCUCUGUCUCGUCCUCAUCAUGCUGUUCUACAAGUACAUGCAGAAACCCAAAUACCAGAUUCAGUGGAAGGUUAUCGAGGGCAUCCAUGGGAACAACUAUGUGUACAUUGACCCCGCCCAGCUGCCGUACGAUCACCAGUGGGAGUUUCCACGAAACAACUUGCGUUUUGGGAAGACGCUGGGAUCUGGAGCGUUUGGGAAAGUGGUGGAGGCCACUGCGUAUGGACUCUCUGACGCAGAUUCAGUCAUGACGGUGGCGGUGAAAAUGCUAAAAUCAAGCGCUCAUUCCACGGAGAAGGAGGCACUGAUGUCGGAGCUGAAAGUCCUCAGUUACUUGGGCAACCACAUGAAUAUUGUCAACCUGCUGGGAGCCUGCACUGUCGGAGGCCCAACACUGGUGAUCACAGAGUACUGCUGUUUCGGAGAUCUUCUUAACUUUCUACGCAGAAAGAGGGAAUCCUACAUCUGCUAUAAGCUGGAGGAAGACUGCUACUACCGCAACGUCAUGCCGCAGAGCAACGCAGCUGGUGACAGCUUGAACGGCUACAUGACCAUGAGGCCUUCUGCUGCUGGCAAGCUGCCGUUCGGCUCGUCCUCUGAGAAGAGACGCUCACUACGCAAAGGUGGCUUGGAUGAAGAGGAUGCAGAGAGCGAGAUGUUCGAUGAAGACGGCCUGUCUCUGGACACAGAAGACCUCCUCAGCUUCUCACACCAAGUAGCCAAAGGCAUGGAGUUCUUGGCUGCAAAAAAUUGUAUCCACAGAGAUCUGGCUGCCAGAAAUAUCCUCCUGACUCAAGGACGAGUAGCAAAGAUCUGUGAUUUUGGUCUGGCCCGAGACAUCAACACGGACUGCAACUACGUCGUUAAAGGCAACGCUCGUCUGCCGGUGAAAUGGAUGUCUCCAGAAAGCAUCUUUGAGUGCGUGUAUACGUUCGAGAGUGACGUGUGGUCCUACGGCAUCUUGCUUUGGGAAAUCUUCUCUCUAGGGAACAGUCCUUACCCCGGCAUGCCUGUGGACGCCAAGUUUUACAAGCUGAUAAAAGAAGGAUACAGAAUGGACGCUCCGGAGUGUGCGCCUGGCGAAAUGUAUCAGAUCAUGAGGUCCUGCUGGGACGCUGACCCCUUUAACAGACCCUUCAGGAAGGUCGUGGAAAGGAUCGAACAACAGCUGACAGAUGCCACGAAGCACAUUUAUCUGAACUUCAGCCCGAGGCUCCCCGGGACGCCCCGAGCCAUAGAGGAGCCCAGUUCUCAGAUCGCUGCUCUUCACCGCCUCAACUCAGCCGGUAACGGCAGCGCUCCAGCUCUGAACCAGCCAUUACUGGUCCAGCACGAGGUCUUCCUGGAGGGGACGACCCUCAGAGCCCACCGGGUGUGAGGACCAGCCCCGACCUGCCCGGACGCCUCAUAAAGUGCCUGUGAUGUUCCGCCACAAAACCAACCACCACAAACACACCCGCCCAGCCGCCCCGGUACCGGCAGCGUUUUGUUGUCGCAUGCGGCAAAUGGAUGGUAAUGGCCAUCUAUUUACCAGAAACAACAAAGAACGAAUGGCAGUUAUCACUGACUAAUGAUUACAGGGAGGACAGUUGGACUAAUGCUCCCCUGCUCAUAGCAAAGAACUGUUAA